UGGACGCGCAGCAGUACCGGACGGUGGCGGGCGAGCCGGCCGCCCAGGCCAGCCCCACCAAAACCAUCACCCUCACGUCGGCACAGGCCCAGCAGAUGGGACUCAUCAGUCCGAAGAAGGGCCCCGGCUUCGACGGCGUGCGGCCGUCGGGCAGUCCCCACCGGAUCGUCAUCAAGUCCUCACAGUCGCUGCAGAGCAAAACGGUGGCGUCCGUGGCGUCGUCAGCCGGCCAGCCGGCGUACCGGCUGCUGACCCAGCCAACGGUACAGCAGGCCGUACCCGGCAGACAGGGGGUGCAAUUCGUGCGCGUGGUGGGCUCGGCGGGCGGCCUGCAGAACUACCUGCAGUCGUCACAGCCGGCGGCGCACGAGGUCGCCAACACCGCGCCGGGCGCUGUCAAGGUCGCCAUCGCGCCCAGCCAGGCCCGUGACCUGUGA